AGAAAACAGGAAUAACGUUCCAUGCUAAUUACACCUGGUCGAAGAAGACAACUAGGAAAACUAGAAAACAGAAUAGUGAAUGCUAAUUUCAUAAUGAAUUAUCUUGGAAAUGGUGGCACUGCUGUCUCACAACUAUAGGGCUCCGAGUUCACUUGGUGUGAAGCUUUCCCAUUCUCCCACUGUAGAUAUUCUCUGGGUUUCCUCCUCAUGCCCAAGAUGUGUGAGACAGCAACUUUCAAUUGGCCUGUGAAUGUAUGUGAGUGUAGGUGUGACCUGUGACUGAAAGAAGUCAAAUGUUGGGUCCUGAUGUUUGUCCAGGGACACUGGAAAAUGCAUGUGCAGAAAAUGGGUGGAUUAGGGAAGCACACUCAAUUUCACUAUUAAAUUCAGAUUUAAAAAUAAGAAAAAAUGCAUGGUUCUUCAAUAGAAAACUAUUUUAAAAGGUUGAGAAAAUCAUACAAGCAUUUUAUAGCAUGACUCUUUGACAUUCCAUAAUUAUUGUAAGUAUUUAUGACUUCUUCAUCUUAUCCUUUAUUGAUUAUAUUCAUGUAUUAGGCCUGAACCUGAAAUCUGAAUGGCUAACCUGAAGAUGGCUCCAUAUCCCCAUAUUGACAACUUACCUUCAUAUGAACGAAACAUAAACUCAACUCUGCCAGCGCAGCACUCAUCAAAAACACAGUCCAGGUUGGAACUGCUGAAAAGCAAUUUUCAGCAAAAACAGCUUCAGGAGAAGGAAAGAAAAAUGAUUGCUCUGUAUGACCAACAGCAACAGGCGGCUCUCUCCAGAGUAAGAAAUACAUUCAGUCACCAGACUCCACCAUCUGAAUAUAAAGUUAGGAGCAACAAGCAUGGAGGCAUUCAGCAAAGGGGAUACAAUUCUGCAGGGACUCAAAUCAGACAUAAUUAUGAUGACCAUUUUGAACACAGAGCAGCAUCCCUUUCAGGUUCCAAGAAAACAUCUGGUGUGGACAGGGCACACCCGCUUAAACCGGUUUACUACAGAAAAUCUGCUAGCCUGAAUAAUGUAUUUGUUCCACAAGGUAAAGAAAAGAGGGAGACUACCAGAUUCCCUUCUGUGCCGUCUGCCCCCACAGAUACAAGAUACAAUGCAAAAGUGGUGAGAAAGACCUUUGAAGGCCAAAACUUAGAAGAUAUGGUGCACUAUGCAGAUCCAUACAGCAAUUCAAGAGGUGGUUCUUCUAAGUCUGAGUCAAUAAGGGCCCAGCAACAGCGAGCAGAAGAAGCUGAGCAGAACCUCGAAGAAGAGAUCCAUAGGAAAGAGGCUCUCCUUCGAGAGAAGCUGAGAAGGACAGAGGAGGAAUUAAGGAGGAUCCAGAGGGAAAGGGAGCUAAUUGAAGAGGAGGAAAAGAAAGAAAAAGAACAGAUGAUGCAAAGAAAAAGAAGCCAGCUGCAUCACUAUGAUUAUCUAUUAGAAGAGUCAGAUGGUGAGUGGAAGCACGAAUACCAAGGCACAUACAGAGCUCAUAGACGAACAAGUCAACCUAAGGAAGCAAAUGACAGGAGGCAAAUACAAGAUCAGCUAUAUGGUGUGGAGACAACUGAAAGAAGAAUUGCCAAAAGCAAUAAACCUUAUAGCAAUGUAAUAGCAAACACUGGCAAAGCAGAUGGAAUGAAUCCAAAUUCUUAUGAUGACCUACAUACUCACCAAAAAUAUGUGAGUGUUCAAAAUGUACAAAGUCCUCAAUUUGGCACCAUCAGAAGUGCAAUGAGCAAUAACCAAGAUAUAGGAUACAUGGAUGGCUAUAUAAGCACAGGCAGCCAGAAAGAAUUUGAGAGCACCAAAAACACACAACAGAUCUUUGAGGAUGCCUUGCAAGAUGCAGACUCGCAGCUGGUGGUCUGUCAUUCUUGCAACCGAAAAUUUGCUGUGGAGAGACUAGAAAAGCACAGUCAAGUUUGUAUGAAGAUGCAGUACUCCAAAAGGAAGGCCUUUGAUUCUUCCAAACACAGAGCUCAAGGAACUGACCUGGAACAGUUCAACAAAAACAGACGCACAAUUAGCACACCCCCAAAGCCAAAAAACAACUGGAGACAGAAGCAUGAAUCAUUCAUUCGUAAUCUCCAACAGUCUAGAGAGGUGCAGAAAAUUGUCCAAAAGGGUGGAAAGGUAUCUGACCUGCCCCCUCUUCCACCAGAUGACAACCCAGACUACAUUCCUUGCCCACACUGCAGCCGGAAAUUUGCUCCUAGAGUGGCCGAGAGGCAUAUUCCAAAAUGUGAGAAUAUCAAGAGCCGUCCACCUCCUCCACCCAGGAAAAACACAAUGAAAAGAUAUUAAUUUAAAGGCUAUGAAGGAUUUUAGAAUCAGAAUGUUUUCUGCCCUUUCAGAAUUGACUGAAACUGUAAUUUAUUAUGUUAUAGACGAAUACUGCACAUGCAAAGUAAUGUCUUAAUAUACCUUAUAUCAUAUGCAAAUGGACAUCCGCAUAUACCUGCCGAUACCUCUGAUCUGUACCUUCUCACUUAUGUUUCUAUCUAGCCAAUCCUUCUUAGUUUUUCAUCAAUGUUCACAAUGGUAUGUCUUGGAUUAGAGUGAUUGGAUUUUCUUUGUAAAAUGCAUACUAGGGCAUUAAAAUUACACUUCACUUCAGAUUCACAUUGUCUGGUGUGGAUGGUGGUGGCAACAUGCUAAAAUGGACUGACCAAGCCACCCUAUCCUCAGCAAUCUCCUAUUUCCCAAGUUCUCAGGCUUUUUGUACUUUACUAAAUCUACAAUACUUGCAUUUUUACAAUGAUUAAGGUUGAACAAUACUGCUGCAUUUCAUAAAAAUGAUUUACUAAACCCUACAGAAUACAAUUCUUUAGAGUUUAGCUCAGUGCAAAUUUCAAGUUAAAUAAUGCUGCUUUUCCUAAGAAGUUUAAAAUAACAACUGUGAAUGUACUGAUAAUGUUUAAUUUUUUGUUGUGGUGAACAUUUCUUUUUUAUACAAAAUAAAGGUAAUAGUAAAAAAAUACACUCUACUGUGCAAUAAAUUUAGUAUUCAGCAUUUCAGUAAAGCCAUGGACAAUAGACAUUUGGUUUUUCUGUGUUAACUGUGCCUAAAAUUCAAAUUGGAUUAUACAAAGUUAGGCAUCAAUAAAGGGUGGAGAGCUGUCACAUUUUUGCAUAACAUCACUGCUUUCUAAAAAGCCUAAGUUGAUAAAGCAAAGAAUGAUGCCACUUCCUUCAAAUUUUAUGUAAAACUCCACUCCACAUUGGUAAUACAAAGUGUCAGAUAGGAAAUGGUGUUCAUUUUGAAGUACAACAAAAACAUAACAAAAUGCCUUCCUCCUGCUAAUCAAGAUCACAGCGGUUCCUGUAACACAGAGGUUGAGACAUGGUGUUUAAUACUUUGUUUAAUGCUCCUGGUGAAUGCUAAUAGAUAGUGAUGUACAAGUGACAUGAUCUAACUGUAUAUAUUUAUUUUUUUUACCUAACUCUGGAAAUGCAUUCUACUGCACAAACCCUCAUGUACUGUACAAAAAGCAAUACAAUAAGUAUUUGGCGGUGCCUUGUCAUAAUACUCAAAAUAA